CCUAACACGCCGGUCCCCAGCGCGAAAAACACAUCCUUCGCGCUUCGCGUUAUAAUAAAUAUCACUAUAUUAAAAAAAACUGAGACAAGACAAUAAUAUUUAAAAAAAAUAAACAAAAUCACGCAUACAGUAAUCAGUUAAUUGAGUGUGCAACCUUUGUGCUGGAAAACUAUUUUCCAGCGAAUGCCCCAAGAGAUCAACAGCCGUAGGGCAUAGACAUCAGCCCCGUUGACGCCGGCCCGGAGGCAGCACACAGAUGAUCGGCUCAUUUUGGAACCUGUGCCGCGCGUGUCCAUCCAUGCCCGUUGAUAAGCUGCACUCCGAGUACCGCAGCACGUACAGAUGGCACGAGUACAAAGAACAGCAGCAGCAGCAGGGCGUGGUGAAGCAGCCGGCACCCACGCCGCCCAACGCGCUGCCCAUACAGCGAGGACCAAUGGAGCCGGCGAUGCCCCGUCGCAAGAAGUACCCCGGGGUUGCGUAUAAAACGAACGAGCUGUUCGACCCCGCCCCAGCUGACGACAUCCGCCCACAACAGACAUCCGCAUUCGACAGGGCUAGGAGUACUCAGAGGAAUGACGCGGACCGCGCGGGCCGGCGCAGCAAGUCAGAGGGACCUCGGCAACCGCGGUGGACCGACACCGUGGAGCCGAAGGCAACCAACGCCCUGGGAGAGGUGGUGGCCUCCAAGGAGCCUGAUAUAGUGAGCACGGAGUACCGAAAUCAGUUCGCGUGGCCUAAAGACACCACGGACUCCGCGCCGAGGAAGAGCAUCUCCAUGGGGGCUCUCAAGAAGGCCGCCGUCGCUGAAGGAUCAGUCGAAGCGGAGCCGCUCAUGAACCACGUAGACGGUGACCACGACGAUGGUCACAAGAGGUACAUCGAAGAUUACCUCUGGAACGGGCAGAAGCCGGGAGUGCAAAGAAAAUCGACGUUCCGUAGCGCGCUAUCGGCCCUCAUAUCCAACGGCGAGGAUCGUUCCAAAGAUAAUAGGAAACGUUACAAAAGCGAGUACAAAAAGAAAUUUAGACCGUUCUCUCAGUACGUGUACGAGGCGUCUAAAGGGACAUUUACAAAAUGCAGGGGGAAAGGGAAGACGAAUGAGGAGGCGAGCGAGAGGAUGCUGGGUGAGACACAGGGUGGCGCGGGGGAGAAUGUAGGCACGGGGGCGGGCGGGGUAGCGAAUUCGAACGCGGGCGCGGGGGCGGGAGCGGGAGCGGGCGCGGGGGAGGACGCCACCACGCUGCGCGCGGCCGGCCUGCAGUCGCUGGGCCUCUCGCAAGGGGACUCCUGGUACCGCGAGGUGCUGGACCUGCGCAAGCGCGCCGGCGAAUACAAGUACCGUGGCUGGGGAACCGAACUGGCUCCAGAACACAUCACACAGCUUUACAAUAAGCAAAUCGAGCUCUGGUACCAGGUGUCCCGACGGUCCUCGUUGUCUGCCCUAUCACUCGCUUCCACCAAUCACAAAGCCCUACCCCGGGACGAGAAAGACGGCAAGGACUCCAAGAAUCAUUCGCCUAAGAAGUUCAGGUCUUUCCGCUCGGCUCCUCAUCAGUCCAUCCAUGCAAAGAUCCAGGAAACGAAGGCUCAGGAACGAUCGCCCCAUAAGACUUCCCCCCAAAAACAACGGAAGAAGCUCCAAGGACAUAGUUUUGAUGAAGGUGCUACCCAGGAAGCUUCGAAGGUGGGUGAGAAUGCGUUCCGGUCUCCGCGGAGGCGGCCGCGCUCCGCCGACCCUGCGCCUGCGCCUGCGCACUCCGCCAAGAGCAUUCCCAACGGACACGAGCCUCAUCCCAGGCCCAUGAAGCCUACCGGUUUGCCGUUGAGUAGAGCGACUAGUAGUAGAGUUAGGUCGACCUCUCGGGGCGGGCGGUCGCCGUCGGCACCGAGCAAACCGGGGGCGGCGGCUAGCGGGACCUCGGGGACCCCCGCCGGCCGCAGGAGCCGCAGCGUCUCUAAAGUGGGCAUUAAAUUGGACGACGAGAUCCCGUCUCACCGCAGCGCCUCAGUCGCUAAAGACCACUUCUUCGACGAUUCACCAGUUGUGAAGUCGCCACCGGAACCGACCCGGGUGAAGUCGCCGGAGCAGAUGAACAUGCGGUCGCCGGACCCCGUCAACUGGACGGUGCCCCUCGACACCGGGAAGACGUUCACCGUCACACAGAAUGUUAAAAGCGAUGAAAGCGUUAAGCGCCCUAGCUCUGAGUUUAAGGGUGGCUCCAUAGCCGAAGAGGGUGCCACCGUGAAGCCGGCAGAAAUCGCGCCGAUCCAUCACCAGCAAAUGUCGCCAAUACGCUCGUUGAAAAAGAGUGAGUCGCCGACGAGCUCCAGCAAGCGUACUGAUAAGACUCCUACAACACCUAUCAGCCUGACGCCCAUAGACGAAACCAAAGCGCUAGAAAUGAACAACCUGAAUGGAAUCAACGGAUUCAAUAGCAACCAGCUAACUCCAGAGACGCCCACCCAGGAGCCAAUCAAAGACAAGGAAGUCAUCAAGAAAGCGAUUGAAGCUACACAGGUGGCUCCAGGGGUGGUAGAUACGACAGUGGUUAAUGAAACACCAGCUACUGGCGGGUUGACGGCCGCUGAAGUGCUGGAUAGAGCUCGUACGAGGUUCGAUAAGUUCUGGGGCAAAAAGGAGGAAGACAACGUCUAGUUGGUUUAGUGUAGGUCAGUGAUUUAACCGUAAAGUGUGACAAAGUGUGACAAACAAUAUAUCAAGUAAGAAUAUGACCGAAUGGACUAGAAUGUUUACGAUCGAAUUUGCACAUCUUUUCAUUCGAAACAGAUUUUAUUGUAGAGUAUUGCUAUUAUAUAUGAACUAUUUCAAAGUUGUAAUUACAAACCGUACUUUGUAUCACUUCAUACAUAUUCGCACAACUAUCAAUUUCAAUCUGUUUUAAUUGAGAAUUCUAACAAAUGCGUUAUUAUAAAAGAAGGACCUAGCGGCAUCUGUGCUUAAUUUUGCAGUGAAAGGAAAAAUCCAUGAAAUAUUUUCUAGCACCCUUAUUUAUUAAAACUAAAACCAUUACCAUAAUAUACAAAUCAAUUUCAAUAUUGGAAUGUAAUUUAACUUUAUUCUAAUAAAGAAAAGUAUUUUACAGAAAAGGUCAAAAAGGGUAGUCGAUGGUAUUUACUUUUUUCUGUCACCUGACACUUUUAUGAUCAACAUUAUUUCCAGUAUAGCAUGUAUGUUAAUAAAUUGCAUUAAC